UUGGGUGAGCCUUCCUCAAGGAACAAGCCAACAUCCGCAUUACAAUCCAUAUCAGCUGGAUGGCUUUUGGAUUGAGGUGCCAUAGGAACGCCAAACUCACAGCAAAAUUUGUCUGGCACGCCAAGCACAUUUGUUUAGGAAAGGAGCAAACGAUGGGGGAGCCGAUUAGAGUAGAGGCUGGCGAUUUUGCUGUUCGUCUCACACCAGGCAGUAAUGCUACAUGUAUUGCUGAUAGGCACGGCUUCGUAUGCAUCGGUCAAAUAGGAGAACUAGUGAACCACUACAUCUUCCGGCCGCAUGACGCUUCACAGGAUCCACUUCGACUUGAACAGGUUCUCGUAACCCUUCCGGAAGUUGAAUAUGUGGAAAGGCAGGUCAAAGCGCCACGUAGUAAAAGGGGUUGAGAGGACGUGAAUUUCCAGCGGCAAUAAACCAAAUAUUUGAGCAUAGGUUCCUCUAAUUCGGU